GUGUGUGUCGUCGGUGGCGGCACUCAGGAUCAAAGGCUCGUUUGGCUCUCCAGUCAUACGGUCCUGUACUGAGCGCAGUCUGCUCUCGGUCUCUACGGACGCUCCUCUGUCUGGAUAUCCGAGCCUGUUCCUUUCUUUCGUUGGAUUAUAUUCUUCUGAUGGUUUUCAACUCCAACUCGAUGCAUAGAAAUGGGUAAACUGCACUCGAAACAUGCCGCGAUUUGUAAACCGAGGGAGAGUCCAGAAGGCGACAGUUUUGUAGUCAAUGCCUGUUUGGCGAGAAAGGGAAUCGACGACUGGCUCGUGAAGCAGAAAUACUACUGCACGAGCUCUCGCCUCGAGCAACGGGACUGUCACCACAAGAAUAACUGCGGUUUGACUGCACGGGACUCCAUGGACGAAGCAUGUGCAGAGGGAAUUGGUGAUGAACACUACCGUUUGGAAGUGGCUUUACCCCCAGAGAAGACAGACAGCUGCUGUGUGGAGGAGAAGAUGCAGGAGAGGGACAGCCAAUCUCCCGCAGGGCCGCAGAAACAGCUCCAGUUUGAAGAGUUGGAGUGUGCUGUGUCUGUGGAGGAGGAUAACAGGCAGGAGUGGACCUUCACCCUCUACGACUUUGACAACAAUGGCAAAGUCACCAGAGAGGACAUCACCAGCCUGCUCCACACCAUCUAUGAGGUCGUGGACGCCUCUGUCAACCAUUCUCCCAGCAGCAGCAAGACACUGAGGGUCAAGCUCUCGGUGGCUCCGGACUCCAGCCAGCGGUGGAGGAGUUGCACGCAGGGCGCGGCAGACAUGUCCCACCCCAGGGAGAAAAAUGACAAGUGCAUAGAAGACCCCAAGAGUGCAGACAAGAAGACUCGAGCACUCCUAAGGCGCCACCACAGUGACCACCACACCCAGCCGGGCUGCCAGCGCCACUGUGUGGAUGAGAACCUGGAACGCAGGAACCACUACUUGGACCUGGCAGGCAUCGAAAACUACACAUCCCGCUUCGGAGCCGCUCCCACCACAGAGCCCACGAAGGCCGAGCCUCAGACUCGCUCAUCCAACCAGACUCGCUCUCGCUCCCACGAACCAGAAAAUGGCCACUCCCAUUCCCACCACCGCCGCUUGCAGACUGUUGUGGACGCUGUUGCUGCAGACAGCCUCCAUCCCACCCCCCGUACGCGAGGCCAGGACUCAGGGAAACACACCCUCCGAUCCCCUAAGACCCACAGCCGCACACCUCCUGCGCAGAUCAGUGGCAGGGUGAUGAGAAGUCGAGGUGCACCUCCUCCCCCGGCGCUACCGAGUCAGAUGCCCCCUCACCAGUCCACAGCCCCCUACCGCAAGCACAAGCAGCGGUCCAAGGAAAGCCAGGGCUACAGGGCCCUAGGCUCUCUGGCAGCUCCAGGACCAGUGGUAGAGAAAGAGCACGUGAGGGACCUGCCUAGCGUGCUGCUGUACGAGGGGGGGCUGGCACAAGUGGUGCAGCGGCAUGAGCAUCACCACCAUCAUGAACACCAUCACCACUACCACCACUUUUACCAGUCCUGAAUUCUCACUUUGCCUGGGACAACUCCUGCAGCCCCAUAAACCCCAGCCAGGCCAGCAGACACUGCCGCGCUGCCUUACAGUGUGCAGUGCUGCAGUGGCUUUGUAGUGGACAUAGGACAUGGGUAGGAGAGGAGGAUCUUGGGAGGGGUGUCCCAGUGCUGGGAGGUUAUUAAUCAGUGUUAUAAAGAGGUUGGUCAUACAAAAGCUUGGGUAUGCAGCAGGACAGUGAUUCAGGGCCCUAGUACGACCAGGACUGAGGAUCACGGCUGGGGCUAGAGAGGAGGCACAGAGGGACAACUAACUUAACAACCCACACGUUCCUCUCCCCCCUGACCCUGUAAUCCUCUACCUGAUGAACUCUACGGCUCCAAACCAGCACCACAACCUUUCCAGACCACUAAGCCAAAAGGUUUUUAAGGAAAAGGAGGGAUGAGAGGAAGAAAGACUGAUGUAAAGAUGAAAUUAUAUGAAGGACUAUAGGUGACAGGAGAGCAGGGCAUAGUGUGUAAUUGUGUGUGUGUGUGUGUGUGUGUGUGUGUGUGUGUGUGUGUGUGUGUGUGUGUGUGUGUGUGAAGCCACGCGUGAAUGUGUGGGCGCAGCAAGAGUGUGUUUAUAUAUGUGUGUGUGUGUGUGUGUGAGUGUCACGACACUGGUGUCUGUUGAAAACCACUUGAAGUGCGCUCAUGGGUGCGUGAGUAUUUAAAGCAGGCUGUCAGGCAGGUUUUUGAAGAUGAAAAUGAAGAUUCUGAUUCAAGCACGCAAUACCCCGUAAGCAAAAAUGGGAAGGAAAUGUUGAAAUGUUAUAAAGUAAAAAGAAAAAAAAAAAAAAAAAAGAUCCCAAAUCCGCUGCUACCUCUAAUUUUAUCCUAAUUGUUGUUGUAAUGGUGACUUUGACUAAGCAUUCAGAGGUUAUUUUCAAAUUACUUCGAAUUUUUUUUGAAAGAAGAAAAAUCGUCUCAAAAUCUGCAGUACUGAAGUGUCGAAAAAGCUCCUUACUUUUAUUAACUAACAUUUACUGUACAUAAGGUAUAUAUUGUUAUCAAUUUUAUAAGCUUUAUUGAUAAUGUGAUAUCUUUGUAUUCACUAUCUGAAGCUUUUAUGUUUGUUUUCCUUCACAACCGCAUUUUAUAAGACCACUAGGAGCCUCAUUUGACUAGAAUUGUAUUACUCACUCAAUCUCACGCUCACUCUCUCUCAUUCUCCUUCUGUUUCAACUGUCUCACCAUGUGAUUAGAUACCGAACUGUGAUCUAGUGAUAAUGCCCAAAUGACUAAAAUCCCAACUCUCAACAGGUGCUGUUCAGUAGCUCAAACUCACGUCACAUACUAGUGCUUUAUAGAAACCAUGCUUGCUGAUAUCAUGGAACUAAACAAGGAAUUAUUUUAAGAUGCGAGGCUGUAGUGUAGACCACAUAUCAGUGCACAUCACUCAAGUUUAGUUCUUGUAAUCUAAGCUGGAAUUUUACGGGACUGUUAUGUGCUAGUAUGUGCGUUCUGCAUAAAGAUGAAUUAGAAACUUAAAAGUGCCAGUCCACUUACAAAAGCCUUCUUUUUCAUUUUAAUGUCCAAAGUGUCAGCAGUUAAAUCACAUGUUCUAAAUCCCAUGAUACACUUGGAAGCAAAACUAGAGAUUGUGAUCAGUGCUUUUGGCAUAUUUGUAUAAAUUGAAACCCUGUUAGAGGUUUAUGUAUUCAUUCACCAGUGUGGAAUAUGACCUUUUAAGGACAGUUAUUUAUUUAUUUUUUUACAGUUAUGUAUGCAGGGAAAUAUUUUGCUGAACAUGCAUGUCAUCUUUCACCACCUUCAGAUCCUGGUUUACUUUUUGUCUUUUGGACAUUUCUGGCUGUCAUGUUAGCACUUUCCCUAACUCUUAGCAGUUCCGUUGUCCAGCCCUCGGCCUGGCCCGGGGUCACAUGGCUGCUCCCUCUGUUUCCAUGGCAUCUUCCUAUCCCCCAGCUGUCAGCAGGUCUUUCACCGUGCUGCCAUGUGGCCUCAGAGCUCAGCCAACAAGGCUCUGUUUGUGGUGUGGUGGGGCGGGGUUUCUUUCAGCUGUCCCAUUCCUCUGGUGCUGGAUAACACUGGGCCCGGCCCGCAGUCUCCACUAGACCCAUAACUCACUGCUGCUGUUGUCCUGCCAGCACCAGGGACUGUCUGUUUAUCCUAUCCCAUGAUGCGCUUUGGGUGCUGCCAUAAACCUGCAGAUGCAAGGCGGUGAACUGAGAGCUGCCAGUGUAAGGGUGUCCAUCACCUCCUCCGGGAUAGUUGUUUUCUCCCUGGUGUUCUUGGCGAGCACACGUGUUCUUCUCAGCACGUCCUAGCAUCACAUUUAUAAAUGACCUGCCCUUAUACAGCCACAGUCUUCUGUUAGGGUUUCAGUGCUGUGCCCAAGCGCAACCUCAUCCAUACACUGCUCCGUAUCAACCAUGGGUUAGUUGUGUAAGUCUGACAUAAGCGUGUUCGUGUGUUUGUGAUGAGCAAGAAUGCAGUGUAUGCCAGUCUUGCCCUGAGCCCCGCGGUGUCCUCUCACAGCUGCAGGCCGUCCUUUCGCAGAGGCACCAGUCAGUCGGCUCAUCUCACGGGACCCUGUGGUGGAAACGGCGUCAUUCCCCCAAGGGGGGAUCACAGCUGCGCUCCAUACCUCAGCUUCCUCACCUCACGCUGCUUUUCACACUGCAGGUCCUCACUGCCGGAGCCCCUCGUGAGACUGUAACUCCUUUGUCAAAGGUUUCCCCUCAACCGAAACAGUGUUGAUACCAGUGUGACGCCCCGAAUAUAAGUAGCGUGGAAAUGUAGGUCUGGGUGUGUGAACGGACAGCAUGCAGGCGACUGUUCGUCCUGCAGGGUGGUCCGAUUGGACACGGUGAGCGAGAGCUGCUGAAGGAAUUUAGGUGAAACUUCUUUUACCCGGAGAGCGUUUUACUGAACAGACUGAAGUCCCUUCUUCUUUUUAAUGCCCUGCUUCACAUUCAUACAAUUACCUGAACUCACACUGGAAAGCUACCCACUACAAACACACUUUCAUACUGUAGACUUCAAAGCAGCAUCACUGGAGAAACUGGGGGUGACAUGCCAUGCUUAAGAGCACCGCGGCAAUAUUUGUUGAGAGUUGGGAAAGCAGUUUUUAGUCAGUUUUGUCACACAGACUUUUCCAUUUACUGUGGGAAAUAAUCCAAAAUAAAAUACUAAGGUUUUCAGUUAUCCAUGUACCAGAUGUUUUUUUUUUUCAGUGGAUGCCUCUUUUCAAGAAUCAAGACUUCAAAUUAUGUCAUCUCAUCAAGUCUUCUCUACAUCCACCGUCUCAUAUUGUAUGUAUUGCACCACUAAUUUGCUUUGUAAGAUCCAUGUAUCAGCAUCUUUAAAAAUCUGAUGUAUAUAGUGGACUGCAGAAAGGAUAAACCAGCAUCAUGUAGAAAGAAUUUAAGGCUUAUUUAUGAUUAAAUAACUGUCAAGCUAUCUCACUUGCUUACUGUCAGUUAGUGCUCCGAUAUCAGCCACGCCAAUCCCAUGUAGCAGGGAGGAAUGAUUAUCUGUUUAUAACACAAGCUGUUUCUCUCUCCACACACAGACACACUUUCACUUGGUGUUUGUUGUAAAAGAAAGUUGUUUAGCACUAGCUGUUUUUCUCCCUUUCCCCUCCCUCCUAAUGUUUUUUCAUGACUUUGUUUAGUUUAUAUAGAUUGUAUUUGAUUCAUUUCUUUAUUUAUUUGAUAGCAGAUCUGUGCCAAGGGAAAAUACCCUUUUAUUAAAGUAUGAACCUGUUCCUUAUAAA